AUGGUAAAGCCAAGCGAUUUUCUCUUUAACUUGGUCGCUAGAAUUGCUGCCGGAAAGGUUCGUCCGUCCGUCCGUGUCGUCGGCCGCAGAUCUCGUCGAAUUACGACGACGGCAGCCGUCGGUCAAGUACUCUCCUCCCACCACGGUGCAGACAUCUACUCCUACCACGGCCGCGGCCUCUCCUCCUACCACCGCCUAGAUUAUCCUCCUACCACCUCUAUUCCUUCUACUGCCACCAUCACCACCACUGUUAUGUCCGUUCCGUUUCUCAGCUGUCUGUGGAACACAGGUGCCAAUGCUUCCCAACUGGAAAAAGAGAUAGGAUCUGACCAAUUUCCAGUGAAUGAGCACUAUUUUGGACUUGUCAAUUUUGGAAAUACGUGUUACUGCAACUCGGUCUUGCAAGCGCUCUACUUCUGCCGUCCGUUCCGGGAAAAGGUUCUUCAAUACAAACAGCAACAGAAGAAUCAAAAGAAGGAAACUUUAUUAACAUGUCUUGCCGACCUUUUUUACAACAUAGCCACCCAGAAGAAAAAAGUCGGCACUAUUGCUCCCAAGAAAUUCAUUACCAGAUUACGAAAAGAGAACGAGUUGUUUGAUAACUACAUGCAACAAGAUGCCCAUGAAUUUCUCAAUUACCUUCUUAACACAGUGGCAGACUUAUUACAAGCAAAUCAUCUUCAUACUGAUUUCCUAACCAUUUUUCUUUUUCUCGUUUUCUUUCCAAUCUCUCUUCCUUUUUUUUCCUUUUCCAAUCUCUUUUCCAAUCUCUCUUUUUUUUUUCCUUUUCCAAUCUCUCUUCCUUUUUUUUUUUUUCCUUUUUUUUUCCUUUUCCAAUCUCUCUUUUUUUUCCUUUUUUUUCCUUUUUUUUUUCCUUUUCUCUCUUCCUUUUUUUCCUUUUCCAAUCUCUCUUCCUUUUUUUUCCUUUUCCAAUCUCUCUUCCUUUUUUUUCCUUUUCCAAUCUCUCUUCCUUUUUUUUCCUUUUCCAAUCUCUCUUCCUUUUUUUUCCUUUUCCAAUCUCUCUUCCUUUUUUUUCCUUUUCCAAUCUCUCUUCCUUUUUUUUCCUUUUUUUUUCCUUUUUUCCUUUUCCAAUCUCUCUUUUUUUUCCUUUUUUUUCCUUUUCCAAUCUCUCUUCCUUUUUUUUCCUUUUCCAAUCUCUCUUCCUUUUUUUUCCUUUUCCAAUCUCUCUUCCCUUUUUUUUUUUCUCUUCCUUUUUUUCCUUUUCCAAUCUCUCUUCCUUUUUUUUCCUUUUCCAAUCUCUCUUCCUUUUUUUUCCUUUUCCAAUCUCUCUUCCUUUUUUUUCCCCCCCAUCUAAAUCAUAUUUACAUUCAUUUUUUUUCUCUUUUUGGAUAA